UCAAUGAAAUUGUAUCUAUUGCCAGCACUCUGAAAAUUUCACUAAAAUGGGAUGAAAUUCCAAAUAAACAUCCUUAUUGGAUCGUACAGUUGAAAUCGGAUGACUGUGCAAUGAAGUUAGCCAGUCGAUCGGUCUGUUUAAGGUCGAUAACAGAACUGUGGGCACAUUCCAAUAGUAUUGAACAACUGCAUGAGCAGUUGAAGAAAUUGCCAGAUGAGGUGAUGCCUCACUUUGAACCGCAUUUAUCGUUCAAGAUCAAAGUCGAGUCUUUUGGUCAUGCUCAAUCUUUGAAAGAAAAGAUUCAGAAAAUUGAGACUUUCAGCUAUCUUCCCAUCCAAGGUCCAAUCAAACUAAAGAAUCCAGAUCGUUCCUUUUUAUACACCGAGUAUUAUGGACUCACACCGAACAAUGUUCCUGAACAACCGUACCACGUAUUCUUUGGAAGAGUUAUUUCCUCUGGACAGAGAAACGUAAUUUCAGAACUAUCUUUGAAGAAAAGAAAGUUCAUCGGAAAUACAAGCAUGGAUGCACAACUUUCUCUGUUGAUGGCUAAUAUGGCAAAAGUGUCGGAUGGUGAUUUGAUUUUUGAUCCUUUUGUUGGCUCUGGUUCACUUCUUGUAGCGGCUGCACGAUUUGGUGGUCAUGUGCUGGGAGCUGAUAUCGAUUAUUUGAUGUUACAUGGCAGGACAAAACCAACUAGGAAACAAGACAGGUUCAAAAAUCGUGCAGUUGAUGAAAGUAUCUAUUCGAAUAUGAAACAGUAUGGUAUUCUUAACAAUUAUUUGGAUGUUGUUGUUGCUGACUCUUCAUUACCUCUUUGGAGGGAUGAUUUGAUUUUCGACGCGAUUAUAACUGAUCCUCCAUACGGAAUCAGGGAAGCCACUGAAAGGGUGGGAUCAACUAAGAGCAAUGUUUGCUUGAAUGAAAACCAAGUGGAAAAUCAUAUACCUUCUAAAGUCACUUACAACUUGGCGCACAUAUUGUCAGAUCUUCUUUGUUUUGCAUCAAAGCAUUUGAAGUUGGGAGGAAGAUUGGUGACUUGGGUUCCUAUUUUCAGAAGUGAUUAUAAAGAGGAAGAUUUACCACAGCAUCCAAAUCUAGAAUUAGUUGGUAACUGUGAGCAAGUUCUAUCGAAGUAUGCCGCCAGAAGACUUCUGACUUACGAGAAGAAAACUCAACCACAGGAGAAUAUUGUUCCAAAUGAUAUUGCAAACAGUUACCUGGAUUUUAGAGAGAAGUAUUUUAAUCAUGUUAGAAAAACGAGAAAAAAAUAUGAAGCUACGAAAAAGUUUCAAGCUGCCAACGGAUGAUUGAAAUAGCUUCGCUUUGGUUAUAGUAUGUAUAUUUAUCUAAUUUUACAAGCCUUUAAUAAAAAAUCAAUAUCUGUAC